AAAAGUACUAGUUAAUAAUAAAAGUAGUAAUAGAACAACACCAGCAAACACCACAUAAAAAACAGAAACACACAGGAAGGCAAACGAAAAGAGAAAAAAGAAAAGGAGAAAAAGAGGGUUAGAUUAGAUAUAAGCAAAAGGGACGCCAUUCUUGACUUGAUUAGAUAUAGAGUAAUUAUUAUUACUGGUGUAACUUACUGGUGACUGAUUCUCGGAUGAUGGCACCAGAUUAUCACACUAUUCAUAGAUAUGAAUCAUUUAUCAAGAUUUUUUGGUCAAAACUCUAGCAACAAAAUGGAUCGGAAACAUCAGCAGCAGAAACAGCAGAGAAAAGUAACGCCAAGGCUCGAUCGAACAAUUGCUAAAAAAUACAGUAAUGAUGAUGAUGAGUAUGAUGGUGGUGAAAGAGGAAGAGGUGCUUAUACAUCGUUUUCUUCUUCCUUAUCUGAAGGAGAAGAUUAUUCUUCUAUUUUAAAAACUCAUUCACUAGAUGUUCUUCCGAGUAGUUAUACAGAUCGUAGUUUUAGAAUUGGAGGUAGUGAUGGUGGUGAAAUUGAUAGGAUUUGUUCAAGUUUAGGGCUUUCUGGUCCUGAGGAGUUUGCAAUUUCUCCUAGCGAUUGGAAGGAGAGUAGAGCUAACUCGUCGUCUGAUCUCAAUUCUAAUCAUUUCUAUCGUAAUAAUUCUCUUGUGAGUAAUAGAAAUAGUAGUAGUAAUAGUAAUGAUGAUACCAAAUUGGAAAUAAAUAAGGUUGAUGUGGUUGUUGAUGAUGUAUUUAAUCGUGAAUUUGAAGCUAGGGUUAGGGUUACCGAUGCGAUUUGUUCUUCUUCUACUGUCAUAACUCCUCGUUCUUCAAGUAGGGAUGGAGGAGGAGGUGGAAGUGGAGGAGGAGGAAGUGGUGGAAUUAAGGGUGUUCGGCCUCCUCUUCUCGCUCCCCCGCCUUUUCUCACUCCUCCGCCUUCGUUGUCCCGCCCCGUUCUUGAUAAUUCGGGAUCAACCUGGGAUCUGGUCAAUUCUUUUGCUCCGGCUGAUAACUACGGUAGUAAUAUGAGUAAUGUCAAAAGAGGUUCUUCUUCAGGAGUUCACGUAGACGCAAAUUCUUCAGAUGAAGAUGAACAUGAACAUGAAGAGGGGGAAAUUGAUAGAACGGUCCUUGUUAUUGAUAGGGAUGAAGAAGGACCUGAUUCUUCUUCAUUCACAACGUCAAAUGAUGAAGAUUCUUCAAGUACAUCAACAGAACACAACACCAUUUCACCUAAUGGUAGGUUCAGACGAAACAUUAGGACAUGGACUAAAGGCACUUUUCUAGGAAGCGGUUCUUACGGAACAGUGUAUGAAGGAUUCAGUGAUGACGGGUUCUUUUUUGCUGUGAAGGAGGUCUCUUUACUCGAUCAAGGAAACCAGGCAAAGCAAAGUAUAUAUCAGCUAGAGCAGGAGAUCGCACUGCUAAGUAAUUUUGAGCAUGAGAACAUUGUUCAAUAUCUCGGAACAGACAAGGCUGAAGGUAAACUUUAUAUCUUCCUCGAGCUAGUUACAAAAGGUUCGCUUGCACAGUUGUAUCAAAAGUAUGAUUUAAGAGAUUCUCAAGUCUCUUCAUACACAAGGCAGAUUCUCCAUGGGUUGAAGUAUCUGCAUGAUCGAGACGUGGUUCACAGGGAUAUUAAAUGUGCCAAUAUACUGGUGGAUGCAAAUGGGUCUGUAAAGCUUGCUGAUUUUGGAUUGGCAAAGACAACCAGAUUAAACGAUGUGAAAUCUUCCAAAGGAACUGCUUUCUGGAUGGCUCCCGAGGUUGUUAAUCGGAAAAAUACUGGCUACGGACUUCCAGCUGAUAUCUGGAGCCUUGGGUGCACAGUCUUGGAGAUGUUAACUCACCAACUUCCGUAUGCUCCUCUAGAAUGGAUGCAAGCAACUUAUAGGAUUGGGAAGGGUGAACCACCAUCUGUUCCCGACAACCUUUCACCAGAUGCACGUGACUUCAUCCUCAACUGCUUACGAGUUAAACCAGAAGAUCGACCGACUGCUGCUACGCUUUUAGACCAUUCAUUUGUGAGGAGGUCUCUGCCAUCAUCCUCCGGUUCUGACUCUCCUUUUCACAGUAGGUGGAGAUAACCUACGUUCUCAUCUCUCUACAAUUUGAGAUUGAGGUAAUCUGGUAAUAUCCACUUCACUAUCAUGUGAUUGAUACUAGUGUACAUAUAGAAGCAUGUUUAUUAUAGAUUUUGCUGAUGCCAUGGCUAAGAGGGUUGCCUUGCUCCAUGAAGGUGAAGUAGUGCAUUUUGUUGGCAACCCUUGUUUCAUUAAUGCAAUUAAGGUGUAGGAGUUCCUUAUAGUAGAUUCAGUUAGUCGAGUUUUGUGGGGGUCGCAUUGACCUCUUUUUCUUGUAUCUAUCUUUUGUAAAUCUCUGCUGUUAAUACAAUUUUUUUUGUAAAAACAUUAUCAAGUUUAUUCGAAGGCAAGCUUUGAAGGUUGGCUCCAAGACUCUGCUUUCUCCUAAUAUUUUUUUGUUUUUGUUUUUCUGUUUUAUUAGUUGAAAUUGAUAUCAGUGUUAAUGAUGUUGUUGUAAUAAAGAUAGUGAAGAUUUCAA